AUGGUACGCACGCUGGGCGCCGGCUUCCACCUCGGUAGCUGGCGGCGAUACAUCAUCGCCGUCGCGCUAGGCCUUUUCGCAGCGGGCUUCUUGUAUGCUUCCUUCGACGAGGUUUCCGCGAUCGCGCCCUGGCGGCCGACACUCCCAACCAUCGCCACGUUCCCCUCAGCACCGCUCGCCAAAGCAUGCGAUGGCAUCCAAUCUGCGCCCGCCAACAAGAACAGCGCAGCGACGAACGCCGACCCCAACGCCCCGAUCCCGAACAUCGUGCACUACAUCUGGCUGCUGGCCGACCCAACCAAGUUCUCGCUGAGCUUCAAGGUCUUCAUCAGUGUCUACUCGUCCCACCUCUUCCUCCACCCCGACCGCAUCUACUUCCAUACCGACGUGUCCAAGGAGCUAUGGGAGACCUCCAAGCAGUCGGGCGACCUCUGGACGAAGCGCAUCCUCAACAUCCCCGGCGUAACGCCCAAGUUCAUCGAGAACCCGCGGGUAACAUCUAAGGGCCAAGAAAUUGACACCUUUGGCGCCAAAUCCGACUUCAUCCGCGCCGAUGCACUGGGUGAAUAUGGAGGCAUGUACCUCGACGUGGACGCGAUCCCCUUGCGCGACGUCGCGCCACUCCGAAACGCCGGCUUCGCCAACGUCGUCGGCGGCGCCGUGGUUCUCCGCACGAAGUACUCCGGAUUUGUCAACACCGGCGUAUGGCUAUCCCGUCCGCACUCAAAUCUUGUAGAGAUCUUUGGCCGCGCCAUGGACGCCUUCUACAACGGCGUCUGGGCCAUCAGCGUCGACAUCCUCACCGACCUCUCCUUCCGCCUGCACGCGAUUCCAGGCGAGGUGCUGAUCAUGCACCCCAAGGCGUUCGCGCCGACCUCGUUCGAGGUGGAAGACCAGGAACGCCUGUUCCGGCCGCACCCAGGGUCGGCGGGUGCGAACGGGGCUAUAACCGGAGUGAAGACGGAGUCACUGGGGACGACGUGUGAGGAUGCGCUCGCGUGGCUGGCCGAGCGCGAGCAGCAUCAUCUGCCGGGCCGGCCCCACACCGAGGGUUGGGAGAUGGACUUUUCGGCCACGUACGUGUUGCACGCCUUUGACGACGACGCGGAUCGUGUUCGCGGGUGGGAUGGGAAGAUUACGCUGCAGUACGUGUUGGCGCAGCAGAGCAACUACGCACGAGCAGUGUACCCCGCUGUGAAGCAUGCCAUUGACGAGGGGAUCAUCACGAAAGAGGAGACGGUUUAA